UAUUUAUUAAGUGCAUUACCGUUUUAAAACUGCCGCAAAAAAUUAGGCGGGAACAUAUAAUAAACAUGAUACAAACUCACAAGAAUUGAGUAUAAAGAACGUUAGAUGAAUAUUAAAAUAUUUGGUAAUUGUGAAUGUUUAAAAUUAAAUAUUAAGAAUGGAUUCUGAAUUUCCUGACCCUGAUGAAGAAUUUGAUUUAGUCCAUGAGGAUGAAUAUGAACUUUUAAAAGAGAUAGAAGAGCUUGAAGAAAAGAAACUAGCAGAAUCUAAAAGAAAUAAAGCUGUACAGGAAACAUCUUCACAGAAAAAUGAAUCAAAUACUUCCAUAACUAAUGUGUCCAAAGAAUUAAAUACUCCAAUACCUAAUAAUACGCAAGGAAAUUUGUGUACACCUAGUACCAGUAAAAUUAUUGAAUGCAAUAGCAAUGCUGAAAUUGACAAUACAAAAAAACGGUGUUAUGAUGAAAUUUUUGGUGACAUUUCAGAUAUAUUUGAAACAAAUGAGUUUGGUGGCUUUGAAGAACCAAAAGAAAAGAAACCACGAUGGGAUGAACCUCAGGAUGUAAUUAAAGCAGUAUUAGAUGCUAGAGAAAAAUUUCAUGAAUUUAGUAGAGGAGUUUCUGGGAAAAAAAAUCAUAUUAAAGAUACAAGAGAAUCUAUAUCUCUGAGAGUUCCUCGCUGGAAUUUCAUAGCUGUAACUAGACCACAUGAUGCACAGCGUAUAUAUGUCAGAAUAAAAAGUGAUGAAAAGAACAUAAUUAAAAGAAAUAACACUUCUAUUUCCAAUUUAUUAUCAGUACCAUACAGCCAACUUAAAGCUGAAGCUGAAGAAAUUAUCAUAGAAAAUGUUAAACGUGCCAGUUGUGAAAAUUCCGAAAUUUCUGUCAUUGAAACUAAUGAAAAUGAUGAAUUGUGGGUUGAUAAGUACAGACCUAGAAGCUAUAUAGAAUUACUUUCAGAUGAAAGUGUGAACAGACAUUUGUUACACUGGAUAAAACUUUGGGAUAAAGUGGUUUUUAAUCGAAAUUAUGUUCCAAGCAAAAAGGAAAAAUUACAGUCUACAUUUGGGAAUAGAAAAUUUAUUAAAAAUGAAGUUUUUGAAGAAGUAGAUAGUAAUGGUUUCCCUAUUCGGAGAGUAGUACUGCUUACUGGACCACCUGGAUUAGGGAAAACUACUUUAGCUCAUUUAGCAGCUAAACAUGCCGGCUAUAAUGUUGUAGAAAUUAAUGCAAGUGAUGAAAGAAGUCCAGAUGCUUUUAGACAAGUUCUUCUUGCAUCAACACAGAUGAAAGCUGUAAUGGGAAAUGAUCCUCGGCCGAAUUGUCUAGUUUUAGAUGAGAUUGAUGGAGCGCCGGCCGCAUCAAUCGAUCUUUUAAUUAAGUUUGUACAAGGUAAAUUAACUACAAAAAGUAAAAAAGAUAAAACAAAAAGUAAUAAAAAAUCAAAUAUUUGUCAUCGUCCUGUAAUAUGCAUUUGUAAUGAACCAUACACACCUUCAUUAAGAGCUCUUAGAGCAAUUGCUCUUAUUAUACCUGUACCAGAAGUAAGUCUUGCAAGACUAGCAGAUAGAUUAAUGAAAAUAUCGCAAAGAGAACAGUUAAAAGUAAAUCCACAUGCUCUUAUGAAAUUAGUGGAAAUAUCUGGUUGUGACAUUAGAUCAUGUUUAGGAGCACUACAAUACAUGGGUGGUAUUCGUUUAGGAGAUAAUUUAUCUUUUGCAUUAAAAGACAGUCGAAAGGGACUGUUUGAUUCAUGGAAACAAAUAUUAACAAUACCUGUGAACAAAAAUGGAAUACUUCCGAUUUCAGAAAGAGUACGUCUUGUAUUAAAAACUGUACAACAAGGAGAAACAGAAAAACUAGCACAAGGCAUAUUUCAUAAUUAUCCAGAAGUUUGUAAUGAUAAGUUGAAUUACAUAUCUACAUGUUUACAAUGGUUUCAAUUUUAUGAUGAAAUUUGUUCAUUCGUUGGACAUCUUCAAAAUUGGUCUAUUAUGCCUUAUACAAAUUAUGCAUUUGUUACUUGGCAUUUAUAUUUUUCCAAAGCAAGGACUGCUAGAUUAUCUUAUCCUUCGAUCGUUUAUGAAGUGCAACAAAAAAGGGAGAAAAGUAUAGGAAUUCUAACAAGUGUUCAUCGUAGUAGUGGUUGCGACAGUACAGUGUUAGCUGUCGAUAUUGCCCCCUUUUUACCCGAUUUGUUGUCUCCACGAUUACGAACAAUAUCUGGACACUUACAUUCGAAUAAAGAAAAAGAUGAUAUUGCUCGAAUAGUAAAUGUUCUACUUAAAUUUGGUCUUUCAUUCACACAAGAAAGAAGUCUUGAUGGAACUUACAACUACAAGCUAGAUCCCAAUAUUUUUGAAAUUGCUAUUUUUCCUGGAUGUAAACAACAUCGUUCACUUGCAUAUUCAGUCAAGCAGAUAAUUGUACAGGAGUUGGAUGCUGAACGAUUACGUCGAACAGCAAAUGCAAUAAAAGUUAUAACGAAUUCUACUCAAAAUGAAAACAAGAAUAUUUCAGAGCAGAAUGUUACUACAAAACCUGUAGGAUCAAAAGUCGCUAUAGAUGAACAAACGAAAACAAAAGAAAUCGUAUAUAAGGAUUUCUUUGGAAGAGUCAUUAAAGUAAAUCCAGAUAAACAAAAAACGACGAACGCUAUCCUAAUGGAAAAGUAUCCUAUAUGGUAUAAAUAUAAACAAGGUUAUAGCAAUGCUGUCCGCCGAUUCGUAAAAAUGAAAGAUUUCCUCUGAAUUAUAUGUAUAAUGUAUAAAUGAACAAAAAAAUUUUGAUAUAAAAAGAUGGUGGUAUUACUACGACAGUCCCUAGAAAAAUCUCCAGAAACCAUUUUUCACCUGUUUAUUUUCGUUCCUGCUGAACAAAUUACAAAGAAAUUUAAAGGACGUGUUCAGGAGGCCCU